GGAGCUGCAGGUGCUCUCGGUGCUCCGUCGUGCCUGGAACCUCCAGAUGGGUGAACUGUAAUGUUUUCUCAGUUCAUCAGCUGGCUGCCAGGAUGCCACGGGACACAUCCACCACGGAUGACCUGGUGCACAACUUGGUGGCCAACACGGCCUACCUGAAGGCUCAACAGAUUGAUCGUAACAAGCUGAGAAAAGAGAGAGUGUCCCUGACGCUGCCCAGACCAGAUAAGUCCUCUGUUCUCCAGGCUGCAGUGGGGAAGAAGUACGAGUCGCUGUGUGAGCAGCAGCCUAUUGGGAGGAAGUUGUUCCAGCAGUUCCUCCUGGCUUCUAACCCACAGUACAUAGCUGCUGCUGAGUUCCUGGAGGAGCUGAAUGCCUGGAGAUUUGCUGAGAAUGAAACCAUACAAAUGGCCAAACAGAGGGUCCUUGCUAAGUUCUUUCGACCUGAGUCCAAGUUCUUCCUCUCAUACCUUACAGGAGAGUAUGCUAAGAUGUGCAGAGAUUUAACAGAGAAGAACUUGGAUGAGGUGGUGAUGGAGGAGAUGAGGGAAGCCACAAGGGACUUCCUGAGGGGAAAACCUUUCUUGGAGUACCAGAAGAGUCCCUUUUUCUCCAGGUUUCUGCAGUGGAAGGAGUACGAGAAGCAGAACAUCUCUGACAAAUACUUCUAUGAGUUCAGGACCUUAGGAAAAGGUGGCUUUGGUGAAGUGUGUGCGGUGCAAGUGAAGCACACGGGCCAGAUGUACGCAUGCAAGAAGCUAGAUAAGAGGCGUUUGAAGAAGAAAAGUGGUGAGAGGCUGGCCCUUGUGGAGAAGCAGAUCCUGGAGAAGGUCAGCAGCCUCUUCAUUGUGAACCUGGCUUACGCUUACGACAACAAAACCCACCUGUGCCUGGUCAUGGACCUGAUGACUGGAGGAGACCUUAAGUUUCAUAUCUACUCAUUGGGGGUGAGAGGUAUUCGCUUGGAUCGUGUUGUUUACUACACGGCCCAGAUCACCACCGGCAUCCUCCACCUGCACUCCAUGGACAUCGUGUACCGAGAUAUGAAGCCUGAGAAUGUGUUGUUGGACGGUAAAGGACAAUGCCGGUUGUCAGACCUUGGGCUGGCUGUGGAGCUGUCAAGGGGCAAGACGAUCUGCCAGAAGGCUGGUACGACCGGCUACAUGGCCCCUGAGGUCCUAAGACAGGAGUACUACCGAACCUCUGUGGACUGGUGGGCUCUGGGCUGCAGCAUUUACGAGAUGGUUGCGGCCCGUUUGCCUUUUAAAGACUUCAGGGAAAAGGUGCAGAAUGAGGAGGUAACUCGACGCACUCUGGAGGACGAGUGCAAGUACGACCACAAGCUCUUCGAUUUUCCCACCAAAGACAUCAUCAGCCGCUUUCUCAAGAAGAGGGUUCAGCAUCGCCUUGGGUGCCGAGGUGAUGACCCACGAAGCCACGUGUUUUUCAAGUGUAUUAACAUCCACCGUCUGGAGGCCGGACUGGUGGAUCCCCCCUGGGUGCCAAAGCCCAACGUGGUCUACGCCAAAGACACGGACGAGUUCAGGGACACGUCUGAACUCAAGGACAUCCAGCUCGACGCCAAGGAUGCGAAAUUCUUCAGAGAGUUCAGCACAGGCGCAGUGCCCAUCCGGUGGCAGAAGGAGAUCAUCGACAGCGGAAUGUUUGAUGAACUGAACAACGUCGAGCCGGACGCAGAAAACCAUGAGAACACGUGGAAAUCCAAGAUGUGCAUCAUCUUGUAGAGAAGGACCGUUUAUUGAUUACCUGAAAAUGCACAAAAGUCCUUAAAUUCAAUUCAUUUUAGACAUGUCAAGUGCCUGAUCAGAACUAAGCACCUCAGAAAUUAUUUUUUUUUUGGAACAACAACUUGCCUUUUUCCUUAACCGCAGUGUAUUUCCCUACUAAGGAAGAAUUAGCAGAAGUCUGGGGAGAUAUGACAACAUUUAUUCGCAGUAUUAUGCUGCAACAGCCAAACAUAAUGGGACAUUUGUCGCAGCAGUAAAACAAAACCACAGUAUUUACACCCGGACGGAAACACAUGCUGACAUUGUUGCUGCUUUACACUUUGCCCUCUAUUCCUGGUGAGACAGCAGAUCCCAGAGCUUUCAUAGUUUCCAUUACAUCACUCGGCCAUUUUGGCAGCCAAGUGUUUACAUGUGUUUGUAAACACUCUGCAUAAUGGUUAUGUAUCGGUGACCGGCAGCAGUGUUAUCAUCAGCAUUUUGCAGUAUUGUGCCACAUUUCUAAUAACGACGAAGUGUCAUUCAAACACCAUAAAGGCCUUUUGCUCUCAUGCAGCCUCAGACUGAUAUCAACUAGCAGACGUUCACCACUGAGUGCCGCCAGACUCCCGUGAAGUGUGUUCGGCCUCCCGCAGCCUCCUCAUCAUCCUCAUUAUCCUGACUGUGCUGCUCCGGUAUUUACAAGCACUGGAUGACUCGUUCGCUCUUUUUAACAAGGGAUGCAGGGAGACAAAUUGUCGUACAUGCAUAGUUUUUUCCCCUUAAAAAACAUGUUAACAUAGAAUUUUUGGCAUUAACAAGCCAAUGCUAAUCCCCUUUAUUACCCCCCAAAUCACCACUUAGUUUACAAGCCAUACACAAACUAAUGGCGAGCUGGUUACUGCUUAGUGCACAGCAACAAAACACAACAUAGGCUGUUUAUGAAAAGCUGUUUUAGAUUUCACACGGGGAUCCAUAGUUUCUCUACUGCAUGACUAAAGAUUGAGGGUGCAGUUGUUGCUAAUCAACAUUGUUUUACUUUAGAUUUUUAACCCUCUAAUAUGAAGAUGGCUGUGAUUACAGACUGCAGGUCUUGCUUGAGGAAUUUUUGCGAUUUCAGGUACUUUUAUGACUUUAUUUGGUAGCAGCUGGAGAGAUAAAAUGGGAGGAGACAGAUCUGGUUUGACAUGCAACGUGGGGCCAAGGCUGAACUCAGAACAGGGAUGUUGCAAUUACACAUUCUGUACAUCAUACUUUUCGACUACCAGGAUGCUCUGGUGUGUUAUUUCUAAAUUAACUGACUGAGUUACUUGUGUUUCACUUCUAAAUAACUCACAAAAAGCUGCAUCAUGUGUAUCAAUCAGUGCCAAAUAGAUAUUGUAAUGCAGCUAUUAAUGUAUAAAUGUGUUUUUAUGAUGAUUGCUUAGCAUUUUCUUAUUUUUUUUUUACCAAUGUAUUCAAUUUUACAUAAAAUAAGCUGACGAAGGAUACAUUAUGAAGUCCAAAGGGAAAAAAAAAUUGAAGAAAGAGAACAAUGAUAAUGUGCAAUGAGGACAUUAAAGAAAAUCCCUGCAGCAGGUUCCAUAUAGUUUAGCUGGAAUUCCCAGGUUUUAAAUAACUGGGCUGUUUGAGUGCCAGCCCUUACAAAUUGGUAUCUUUUCAAUAAUCCAAUGUAAUAAAAUGUUUUUGGUGGAUGACGGGCACUUGGUCCAUCUCUUACUCAAACACAUAAUAUUAUUUCUGUCUCAGAUAUUUCAGUGCCUCUGCAGCUUACAGCAUGACUAAAGACAAUGAACUACAGUAGCAGUGUUUGUCAUGUCCUCUGUAUAAUCUUAAACUGUACUGCACUGGCAUAAUCACAGAUUGAACUUGAUUUAGCAAGUCUUCAGAUAUCUCCCUUUUCUUCAUCAUCAAUCAUAACAGACAACUCCUCCCCCAGAACCCCUGAACAGCAGCAAAACAUAGACUGCAUAGACUGACAGACAUGUUUUCAGCUGUUUGAAAUAACAAUUUUUCGUAACUUGUGCAAUAUCUAAUGCCUUAUCAACAACUAACAGAAGAAGUCUUGUCUGAGACAUCGUGUUGCUCAAUUAUUUGUUCAAAUACCAUGGCUGUGUUGUUAGAAAAUAAGGCUUUGUCCACCAGUGCUACUUACCUCACUGUCUAAAAGCAGCAUUCAGCAGUCGAGGCAGGAAAUCAGGACUGUUAAUAAUAAUAUGGGUGAAAGCAGAUGUCAGCUGUGACCUUUCCUUGACUCAACACACUAAUCAGAGGGCCUUGAUUGUAUUAAAUGUAACAAGGUUUUAGUAGAAAAUGUUAUUAUGCCAUAUGUGACUUAUUUUGGCUUGCAAGGUUUCCGUAUCCUGGUUUUGUGUGAUUUUUUUUUUUUUUGGGGACUUUUCACUACUUCUGCUUCUUUUAUUAAACAUGACAACUUUUUUUUUUACCAGAUGUGAUGACAGAAGAUAAAAACUAAUUUCCACAGGCUCGAGUGAAAUAAAGUAAUUUCUUCUGUUGCAUUGCUGAUGAUUCUGCUAACAAGGGAGCCUUCAGAGCGAUGACAUUUAAAGUUACAGGUUAAUAGUUACUUUGAUUACCCUCCUGUUGCUCAUCUCAAGGCACCGAUAUUAUCUGUCAUCAUCUUCCCAAACAGCAGCGGUCCAUCUG